CGACCAUAUUGUUUACGGGCGGAUGUACGCGGGCCGAGCUGUACGAGUAACAGCUAGAGAAGCAGCGGCAGUGACGUCAUUAUUUGUUGGGUGACGAGUAGAUAAGACAGUGGAAUAAGGUUUCCGAAGAUACAGGGCUGCUCGCGGUUUCUUUCUGCUGUGAUUAAUGGGUUGAUUCGAUAUCAGCGAGGGUUUCAUCAAUAAGACUGACACCGGCUAAACAGAAGAAAAAUAUCAUCAUGAUAUGGAACGCCAUGCCGGCAGUUCUAAGCUUUUGGGCAUCAAUAUGCAGCUUUUGCCUCGGAUGGAAGUCAGAUGUUCUGUUUGAUACAGAGAGCUAUGACUCGAUCGUCUUAAAGAGCAGAUCUAACCACAGCGGCUUCUGUGAAAGAAAAACUAAAGUAACAUCUAUGGAUUUAUGGAGCAUGGCUGCGGAAGACGUGCUAGAUGAUUUGCCAGUUGAUCCAAUAAGAGCAAAUUAUGUGAGAAGAGUGAAAAAUUGCAUUUUUUCUGUCGCUUAUCCGACCCCCUUGACGUCAAACAUCCAACUAGUAUCCAUUUCUGAGGAUGUACUAGAAAAUGUGCUCGAUCUUGACAUCUCUGCCGUUAAAGAAGACGACUUUCUGCAGUUUGUAAGCGGUAGGAAAACUAUUCUAGGAUCUGUUCCUCUUGCACACAGAUACGGAGGACAUCAGUUUGGUGUCUGGGCUGGCCAGUUGGGUGACGGCAGAGCUCACUUGGUUGGCACUUAUAUCAACAGGUUUGGGGAGAGAUGGGAGCUUCAAUUAAAAGGAUCAGGAAAAACCCCAUAUUCCAGAGAUGGCGACGGGCGAGCCGUACUCCGUUCCUCCAUCCGAGAGUUCCUAUGUAGUGAGGCUAUGCAUUAUCUUGGAAUUCCCACAUCAAGGGCUGCCAGCCUUGUUGCAAGUGAUGACCCUGUCUGGAGGGAUCAGUUCUACAAUGGAAGUCUUAGAAAAGAAAAGGGAGCAGUUGUGUUACGUGUUGCUAAGUCAUGGUUUCGCAUUGGCUCGCUUGAAAUUUUGACUCACUCUGGAGAGUUUGAGUUGCUUCGGAGGCUUGUAGACUUUAUCAUCAGGGAACAUUUUCCAACAAUCAAUGCAACAGACCCCAAUAGAGUCCUGGAAUUUUUCACCCAAGUGGUAUUCCAAACUGCAAAUUUAAUUGCCUUAUGGAUGUCAGUAGGCUUUGCACAUGGUGUGUGCAACACUGACAAUUUCAGUUUGUUGUCCAUCACAAUAGAUUAUGGCCCAUUUGGCUUCAUGGAAAACUAUGAUAUUGAUUAUGUUCCAAACACAUCUGAUGAUGAAGGAAGGUAUAAAAUUGGCAACCAAGCCAACAUUGGAAUGUUUAAUCUGAACAAGCUACGCCUGGCUUUGAACCCGCUUAUGGACGGCAGACAGAAACAGCUGGCGUUACAAGUACUUGAAAGCUUCCCUGAUUUAUAUUACCAAAGAUUUAAAGAGCUGUUUAGUGCCAAAUUGGGGUUUCUCGGUGAAACUGAACAGGACCUGAUCAUAAUUGCGUCCUUUCUCAGUCUGCUUGAAGACUCCAAGACUGACUUUACAAUGGCCUUCCGUCAGCUCGGCGAAAUCACAGAAGAAGAGCUACAGAGUCUACUCAUUCCUCAGGAACACUGGGCCCUUCAUGCAAUUAGCCAUCACAGGGACUUCCCAGAAUGGGUUAAUACAUACCUUCAGAGAUUAAAAAGAAACCCUGAUGAUACGGAUUAUAAAAGAAGACAAAGAAUGGCGUCGACCAAUCCUAGAUACGUGCUUAGGAACUGGAUGGCAGAGUCUGCUAUUCGCAAAGCUGAAAUGAAUAACUUUUCAGAGGUCCGCACGCUGCAGAAGAUACUGCGUCAGCCCUUCCGUAAGCAGAAAAUAGCAGAGAUGGCCGGGUAUUCCCAACAGACCCCAGCAUGGGCCAAACAUUUAAAAGUCAGUUGUUCAUCAUAAAGCAAAUUCAUUCAAAGUCCCUACCCAACUUAAGACUGACCAGA